UGUCUGUGUAUAUUUGACCUUUGAUUAAAAAAAGACAGAAUUGUAAGUAUAUUAUUCAUCCACAAUAUCUACAGAUAACAUGCUAUAAAUAUUAUCCAGAUUCAAAUUAACUAGCAGACAUAACAAGUUAUUUGUGCGGUUAAAAUGUUUAUUGUCAUAGCUAUAGUAGUACUUGUUUGGUCCUUGUAUCUAUACGGUACGCAAGGACACGACUAUUGGAAAAAGAAAGGCGUGAAAUAUGAAAAACCAUAUCCAUUUGUGGGCAGCACAUCUCGUAUAUUCCUUCAAAAACAAAGUAUUACCCAAUAUGUCACAGAUUUGUACAGAAGAUACCCGGAAGAAAAACUCGUCGGAUAUUAUUAUACUAGGAAAAAAUCUGUAGUGGUUCGAGACCCUGAGUUAAUCAAACAUGUUCUAAUGAUAGACUUUAACAAAUUUUAUCUGAGAGCGAUAAAUCCGCAUGAGAAGGUUGAACCGAUGCUCAAGAAUCUGUUCUUCGCUGACGGGGAUCUGUGGAAGCUGCUGCGGCAGAGGAUGACUCCCGCCUUCACGACCGGCAAGCUGAAGGCGAUGUUCCCUCUGAUCGUGGAGAGGACUGAGCGGCUGCAGCGAGCCGCUGCCGCGGAGCACGGCGCGGAGGUGGACGUGCGCGACCUCAUGGCGCGCUUCACUACCGACUUCAUCGGCGCCUGUGGCUUUGGCUUAGACACUGAUUCAAUGUCGGACGAAACCUCAACUUUUAGAAAGCUAGGCAAACGUAUAUUCACAUUCUCAAUCCGAGAAGGCAUAAUCGCUUUUCUGAAGGAGUUUGCUCCGGGAUUGUUUAAGAAUCUCAACUUUUUGGCGCCUGACAUUGAAAGGAAUACGGUAGCUUUAGUGAAAAGUAUCAUGGAGCAGAGGAAUUACAAGCCUUCAGGGAGGAAUGAUUUCAUCGAUCUGCUUCUCGAGUUAAGGCAAAAGGGCAAGAUUGUGGGGGAGUCUAUUGAGAAGAGGAAUCCGGAUGGAACACCACAUAUUGUGGAGUUGGAGAUGGACGAGCUGCUGAUGGCAGCGCAGGUAUUCGUGUUCUUCGCGGCGGGUUUUGAGACGUCUUCGUCAGCGACCAGCUACACGCUGCACCAGCUCGCCCUGCACCCUGACCAUCAGGCCAAGUGUCAGCAGGAGAUCGAUGAUGUGCUCGCCAGAUAUGAUGGAAAACUUUGCUACGAGGCCGUGAAAGAGAUGCACUAUUUACACAUGUGUUUCAAAGAAGGCAUGCGAAUGUUUCCAUCACUCGGUUUCUUGAUCAGAAAAAGUGCAGAAAGCUACCAAUUUCCUGGCACAGAGGUCACCAUCGAUAAAGGGACAGGCAUCAUAAUACCACUGCAGGGUAUUCAUACAGACCCCAAAUAUUUUAAGGACCCGGACAGCUUUAUUCCGGAAAGAUUUGAUCCGGAUAAUCUUAAGGAUAUUGUAAAGAAUACGUAUUUGCCGUUCGGAGAUGGCCCUAGGGCCUGUAUUGGUGAACGUUUAGGCCUCAUGCAGUCACUAGCAGGCCUUGCAACGCUACUUCACCGGUUCACAGUGGCGCCCUCUAAGAACACCCGGGUGAAACCACUCACCGACCCGACUUCACACAUAGUACAGAGUGUCAAGGGGGGCAUACCUCUGGCUCUGACUUUAAGAAGCUAAAUAUUAUUUAUUAGAUGCACGAUGCACGACUUGUGUAACCUCCUUUUGUGGGCUUUUCUACGUUAAAUUUUAUGGAGUAAAAUUAGUUCAAAUAUAGCAAAAAAGCUAUAUUCCAUAAGACUAUGUGUGUUUGUGACAAUCAGCGUCACUUCUCCCUCCACUCACUUCGCACCUUGCCAAUAGACUGCCUGUUUUUAAUAGUUUUUAUCUCUACUUGAAAAAGAAAACAGCCUAGCUGUAUAGGGAGCGUGCAUGAACUGUAGGAGGCAGCACAGGAGCCGUCAGAUUUUUGGCGCGAGGCGUAAAUGUGAUGUUUAUUGUUCCGAUGUCGCCCACAAGAUGGCAGAACCUACUAUGCACAAGAAAACACGUGACGUGUAAAUGUACAUGUUCAUGGCUCCGAUUCAGGCCACAAGAUGGUAGAUCCUCCAACGCGCAUGGUCCCUAUUGUCUGUAUUAUUUUCUUUUAUUGAGGUGUGCUAUGAAGAGUGUAAUGUAUUGUAUAAUGUGUUAUGUGUAAAUAAAAGUCUGAAUUGAUGGUUGUAGUUAAAAUAUUUGCUUAUAUUCAGUUUAUUUAGGAGAGAUAAGUAUUUUUACAAUAAGAUGUAGGUGUAGGUUUUAUCGUUGCCCAGAUUCAAAAGCAAUUCGUAUUUCUUACUAUCCCCACUUAAUAUUACGUAAAAGUAAAUCUGUCUGUCUGAAAAUAUUUAUGUCACAUUGAAAAUUUACAUGUUAUUUUUCCAUAAAAAUAGCAGAAAUUCACAAAAAGACCGUCAUUUGUAUACAAAAAAUGAAAAGUUAUAGUAAUAAUAGUAGCAACACAAAAAUAAAAAUACUCUUUUUAAAACUGUUUGAAUCAAUAAUGUCAGCGAAAAAAAACAUAGAUUGUAUAUAAUACUAGGGCUUCCCUAGGUAAUAUAAUAUCAAAUUCUAUAAAAUAAUGUAAAAAAAUCAAUACAAAAAAGUUAAACCGCUGUAACAAUUUUAGAUACAAUAAAAAAAACAUCGGGUUGCACUCCGGGAUCGGGAGUGCCGGCACAAGUGAAAACUUGAAUAUUAACGUUGUGCAUUUUUGAUAUUUUGGAGAAAUUGAGUAGCAGUUUUAUAAAAAGAGAUAAUUCUCUAUUACUAUUAUACCUACGUAAAUAAAUUAGAGUGUGGAAGAUAUAUUGAAAUGCGUAUUUUAGUGUUAAUAUAAUCGUAUAACAUAUAUUAUAGGUACAGAGUAAUUCAUGAGUGUGUAGUGUGUAGGCUGUAGUUCUGCUCAAGUGAGCAAAUGGCACACUUGAAUGAGAUACGAUUUUUCAAAAGUAACCAGGCUUCGAUGAUAUUCAAUUUGCACGUCACCAUGAUGUCACGUGUCCGUCUUACGAAUUUUCAAUCUGACGGUCACGUGACACCUGACGCGUGUUUAACAUUUUUUCCCCAUCACAAAAAGUGCACAGCGCCGCUAAAGAAGUUGUCACUUCAAAAAUAAACUUGUAAGCAUAGUACAAGACUAUUCUAUUAAGUACAUUUCAGCAAAAUCUUAAAACUACGAACACUUUAUAGUACAUAAUUACAUUAAUAAAAAUAAAUUAUCACAAAUUUAAGGUAUACUUAAUAUUAAGUAUUGAAAAUCUUGCAAGUAGUAAUAAAUAAACAACUUACUUUAAAAGUAAGUAAGUAAAUAUUCUUUAUUGCACCAACAAUUAUACAUACUAACUACUACUUAACUAGUACUAGUACUUUCCACUUCAUUGAAGUAGACUUACUUAAUAAACGAAUGACCUCUAGACGUUUAUUACAUUUAAGUUUUUCGCGCUAAAUUUAUAUAAAUCUAAUAUAAAAGGAAAGACGACCGAUCUAGCCUAGUGGGUAGUGACCCUGCCUAUGAAGCCGAUCGAUGGUCCUGGGUUCGAAUUCCGUAAGGGCAUUUAUUGUGUUUAUAACGUUUAUUUAUUCCUGAGUCAUGGAUGUUUUCUAUGUAUUCAAGUAUUUCAAUAUUAUAUAAUAUACUCGUAUAUCGUUGUCUGUGUAUCCACAACACAAGCCUUCCAAUCUUGAGCUUACCGUGGGACUUAGUCAAUUUGUGUAAGAAUGUCCCUAUAAUAUAUAUGUAUAUUUUUUUAAUGUAAUAGGCCGCAAACAAGCAGACGAGCCGCCUGAUGGGAAGCAGUCAUUGCCGCCCAUGGACAUGAGCAACAUCGGAGGAGCCACUUAUGCGUUACCAACCUUUGAGAACCCUAAAUACCUGCUUCUUGAAGAACCCCAUGUCAUAGCGCAAGGGAAACACCUCAGAAGGUAGCUCAUUCCACAACUUGCACGUUCUGGGAAAAAACGAGCGAGAUGCCCGCUUGUUCUUGGUUUGCCACGUGUCGAGAGAGUGAGGAUGAACUUUGUUUCUUUGGCGGGAGGUGCGGUGAUAAAAACGCGACGGUGGCAUCAAUUUAAAAAGUUCUUCAGAACAUUCCCCAUUGUACAGACGGUAGAACAGGCACAGAGAGCCAACGUCUCUCCGAAGACUGAGAGGUUCCAAACCGACUGUGAGAUCGGCGUCACCAACAAUUCGAACUGCCCGACGUUGGAUGGAGUCAAGUGGAAGAAGUUUGUAUUUCGGUGCUCCAGACGAGAGGUGAGAACGGUACUCCAUAUUAUGUGGUCGAACCUGCGCUUUGUAUAACGAAAGCCGGUGACCUGGUGUGAAGUACUGUUUCGCUCUAUUGAGCACCCCGUGCUUCUAUUUAUUUUAUAUAAGUCGUUAUUUAGCCCAAUUUAAUUAGCUUUAAGCGUAGAUUAAAAAACUGGCUUGUCGAGCGCCCAUUCUACACCUACCAAGAGUUCUGUGCUCACAAAUAAUAAAAAUUGUAGAAAUACAUAGUAUACCUAGGUACUUAAUUAAAAUAAUAUAAAUGUUGAAUAAAUUGAUUUUAUAAAUAAAGAUGAUUAUGAUUAUGA